AUGACACAACAAGAUACUUUCUAUACUACAGAUAUUACAGAAUUAUCCAAUCGAGUGAAAUCAAAUUAUGAACUUAAAAGAAAAACUCAUCCAAAUGAAAGAUAUUUAAUUUCUAUUGCAGGUGCUCCAGGAUCAGGAAAAACUACAUUUGCUAAUAUAAUAAGUAAAGAAAUAUCUAAAUUUGCCAAUGUUAUAGUAUUACCUCAAGAUGGAUUUCAUUUAUAUAGAUCAGAAUUACAAAAAUUACCUAAUUCUGAAGAAGCUUUUAAAAGACGUGGUGCUCCAUUUACUUUUAAUCCUAAAGCAUUUGUUAAAUUAAUAUCACAAUUAUCUGAUCAUUCAAUUACACUUAAAGCUCCAUCAUUUGAUCAUAAAUUAAAAGAUCCAAAAGAAGACGAUAUUAUAAUUGAUAAUACUGUUGAUAUUAUUAUUAUUGAAGGAAAUUAUGUUUCUCUUAAAGAUAAUGAAUGGAAUAAAAUUAGAAAUUUCAUUGAUGAUUCAUGGUUUAUUCAAACUCCUGAAUCAUUAAUUCGUCAAAGAAUAAUUAAACGACAUUUAGAAGCUGGUAUUUCAUCUAAUGAAAAAGAAGCUAUUGAAAGAACAGAUGGUAAUGAUAUGAUUAACGCUAAAUAUAUUAUAGAAAAUUCAAACCCUACAAAUGUAGUGAUAAUUACAAAAUGA